CAUCCUCCUACCAACCAUGGCCAGAUCACGGGCUGACGGGAACGACAAUGAAGCAACAGGUGCUGCCCCGGGGCAAGAAAAGCACCGCAAGGCAAGAAAGUACGGAUUUGCAUGUGCGAAUUGCCGAAGGCGGAAAGUGAGGUGUGAUGGUGCUUUACCGAGUUGCCGUCGAUGUCGGACGAGUGGACUGAAGUGCUGUUUUGAUAAGAGCCCUUCGAUAGCACACUCGGUCGCAUUACAGACGAGACUCGAUGCUUACGAGUCUCUCAUGGAUCGACUAGAAUGUGCCAACGACGGCGAACGACUGCGAAUAUUGAAGGAGCACUUUGACCAAGACGCCAACAGAAGACAGAGAGACCCGAUAAUCCCGGACGGGCCAUUGUCGGAUAGUCCACAUUCGGACCUACCAUCAGAUGAAGAGAUGAUCGCCAACGAGACCUCCGUAGACGUCGACGGGCGAAUAUGUUUUUUUGGCACUACGAGUCUCUAUCAUUACAAGCCAGACCAGUCGACAGCGCCUCGUAUGCAUCCACUAGGAGAGCUGGCCAGCACGAUGUUUCCAGGACCGCAAGUUGCAACGCCAACGUCACAGUUGUUGGACAGCCCGAGUGACUUUCUCAACCCAGUCGAACAACCUGACAUAAAAUCGUUCUUGAAUACCCACGUCAGCUCUGAGAUAUGUAACGAGCUGUUGGAGACCUAUUGGUGUUGGCCACACAAUAUCCACUUCGUGCUCUGCAGAAAGAUCUUCAUGCGAGAUCUCAUUGCUGGUGGACCUUAUGUGACCCCUUUUCUCGUGAAUGCGGCUCUUGCGCAAGGAGCUCGGUACUCUGACCGAGCAGAUGCCUCAGAACUGGGGAACUACUUUGCUGAACAGGCAGUGAACCUCAUGGCAGCAGAGAUACAGAAAGACAGUUCGAUUCCCACCAUUCAGGCUCUGCUCAUUCUGUCAGGGCAUGAAAGCAUUAUCGGUCGUGCUUCUCAAGCGUGGCUGUUCUCUGGGAUGGCGUUUCGGAUGAUGCGGGACAUGGGGAUGCACAUCCACGAGCGAAAGUUGAGCCUAGCAGGUCAAUUCUCGCAGGUAGAGCUCGCUAUGCGGCGGCAGAUCAUGUGGAGCUGCUACACGUGCGACAAGGCAUUAAGUUUGUUACUUGGCAGAGCGCCGACUAUUCACGACACCGUGGCUCUUCCCACUCCUGAAACCAUGCUCGACGGGGAAGAGACAGAGGAAGAGGAAUGGAAACCAAGAUUCGCGACAACAUCAAUGUUAGAGAUUGGUGUUUCGCAGAAGGCCAAAACAAACAGUCGGUUUGCAGCCUACUGCCGGCUUUGUGUGAUAAUCGACCGCAUCUUGACCACGCUAUACUAUCGCCGAAAAGCGUAUGCCGACCCGCAACAGCUCCAAGGAUUCCUGGAGAGCUCCGUCGAAAAACUCGAGGAGUUCGCGCUAAGUCUUCCACCUGAUCUCUUCAUCCGAGAGGACUGUCGGUUGAUUGCCUGCCCACCUCUGCACAUCCUUAUCUUAAACCUUCUUUACCACGCAACCUUUAUCCUACUCUGUCGUCCCUACCGUUCGCAACUGCCACGGGCCCGCGAAAUGGCAACGUCUGCGGCCGAGAUGAUCGACCGCCUUAUCAUGCUGCACAUUCGAAGAUUCGGUUUCCGGAUCGUCACCUAUCUGGAGUCAUACACCAUGUUCGUUGCCUCGACGAUCAACGUUCUCGAUCUGAAGGAUGGCAUCGAUAAGGACGGCGCGAGAGCGCGGCUUGCGCUCAACCUGGAGGUGUUGCGGAGUGCCACUGGCACCCCCAGCAGCACGCGGUGCGUGACCAGUUCCCCAAGCAUUGCGCGCUGCGUCGAGAUCAUCGAGACGCUGCUUCGGGAAAACGAAAAACCCCUCGGCGCAGACAGACCCCAGCACGAUAAAGGGCCUAGCUCGCCGGCGGGCAUGCAAGAAGCCGAUACGGGUGCAAUGCCCGGCCACCAACAGCCGAAUGGAAACCCCUUGGCAGCAAUGGCACAGCAACCUCCGAGCUUUGAGAGCCAUGUCCCACAUCCCUUGGCGUUUUCCAUCCAAGACACAUGCGGACGGGGCGAGGCGCCGCCGUUUUCGGAUUUCGAGCCCACGUACUUUGACAACUGGCCGGCCUUUUUCGACAACGAGCCACCCGCGUUUCAGAGCGAGCAGUCUUUCUUCGACGCCGUGAGCGCGCUACCGGCGCCCCUGCCCGGGCGAAGCUGCAGCAUGGACAUGGGAAUCACCAGGCCUUCUGGCCACGAUGUUGUCGAGUAAUCGAGCACUCGGCACAGCUGUCCGCCGACUUCCUCCAUUUCCCAUCUGAAACUAAAACAACAACCUGGUAAUUCUCCAGUGAUUGUGGUUGCUAUAGUGAUAGUCUCACCAAAUAUCCGAAUGGGUGGACGGCUUUCUCUCAAUAAUUGGGGUCAAGGGAAAAUACACCAAUCUGUCGCAAGAAUUGAUCUCAGGGCGGUCAUAGUGCUCGUCUAAGCAUAUUCUCACCAUAUGGAACAAGUUCAUUAUAUACUUGGAGCUUGAAAUAGUACGCAUGCUUCUGCU